CUACUGCUGUAGGCGCACCUUCAAUAUUCGUCUCUCACGCCACCGAAGCGCGAGCGAAAGGAGCAAAAGCUCACAUCGUGGCCUAUGUGAGAGAAUCCACGCCCGGCAGCUACUCGGGAAGCCCGCCUGGCGAUCCGCGCAUGUGAGAGGGAGGUAUGGGGGCGACGGGGCUAACGGGCUCCAAGAUGAAGAAAUGGGCUCCACGAUCGGUGCAGGGCCUCUUCCUGACGAUGGUGCUCGCUCAACGUUCCUUGGCAAUGCCAACAGUCCUAGAUGAGCAACUUCCUGUCAUUGAACAUAGAGACGGCAAAGGGGAUGAAGCAGCAGCAACACCAACAACAAUAGCGUCAGGGCGAGAUGGAUCUCGCCAAAACCGACCACGACGGAAAGAGUACCCAUAUUCGCGAAAACACCACCAACGGCACCAACAGUGGCGGGCCGAGCAGGAGCAUGCUCCAUACACCCCAGUGUCAUCACGGAGCUACCGCAACCAGCAGGGGUGGGGGCGAGAGCACCGAAAGCUGGACAGAGCAACAGAAGGGGAUCCAGGGCUCUCGUUGGUGCCAAAGAUGCCAGAGGAUGGGGACAAUUCGUUUCCACAGAUUUACCGGGCUCCCACCGACCCUCCCACCAACGGGUCGUGUCCGGUUGCCGUCCAUAAUUCCAACUCUGCCGCUUUAAAUGAAGACCGAGAUAGCCCCGAGCCGUCGACUGCGAUCGUCGGCGCCUUUCCCGUGUGGGUUAGGCUGCAACAGGCCGCAACCGUAUCAUCGCGACUGCGAUGUCCGAGCCCGCCGUGCUGCCUCGGGGACCACGUGCACACGUAUCGGGGGGGCGACCUCGGAGAGGAAAUGUCGCACAUCCAGGGAGCCGUUGUGGUCCGCAGGACCGACCUGGCGCGGGCUCCCGGAACGCUGGCGCCUGCCCACGACGUGGACUUCGUUAGGACGUUUCAGUCCUACUUCCCUAUCUCGCGAAGCUCGCUGCUCAGAGGAAUGCUCGAGGCUGACGAACAAAACAUGACAUCCACGACCACACACACACUUCCGAAGUUCCCCGAGCUACUUGGAGUCACUUCAUUCCUAGGCGCCGUUCGCGAGGGCAACCCUGCUGCGGCAGAGCUGUUGACCCCGUACUGUUCGGGCGAGGACCCAAGGCAAGACAUCGACGAUUGUGUAAGGAUCCCUACGCUGGUCAGCAUGGCAAACGUGUACAUCAGCAGGAAAGGGGCCGUGUGGAACGAGAAUGAUUACAUUUUGCCGCUUAAUUGCGCUACGGCACACAAACAUGAGGGAAAGGACUUCAAAGAAAACGCCGUCGGACCUGUACCGACUUACGUCAAGCGCUACGAGAAGGUGUUCGUGAUGACUCAAGAUUGGGGCCCGAACUACUACCACUUUACGGUGGAGCAUCUGCCGCGGAUCACCUUGGCUUUGGAUAUCCUUCUUGAAAACUCAGAAAUCAUGAUCGCAGUACACUACCACGAUACAGACAAAUGGCACGACACUUCCACAGAGCUCGAAGCUCAUAUGGGCAUGUUCGAGAUUCUGGGGAUCAGCAGAGAGCGCAUCAUUCUUGUCAAGACAAGGAUCUAUGCAGAUUUAGUGAUUGUGCCGACUACUACUGUUUGCGGCGACCCGGACGCUCACAUGGUCAACAUGCUCAGGAACAGAUUCCUGCAGGGUCUUUUUCCGACCACGAAUGGCGUUCCUCCUGCACCACCCCGCCCGGUGAUCGUGCUCGUUGUGCGCACCACAUUGCGGGGCCUGAAGAACAACGACGAGGUGAGAGAGGCCCUUCAGAUCAACUUUCCGAGCUUCGACGUGGUGGAGUUCUUCGGCACAGAUCCCGUCCGAGACCAGCUCAAGACCUUCGCGACCGCAGCCAUGAUCAUAGCUCCCCACGGAGCCGGGCUUGCCAACGUGGUCGUCGCGCCACUGCACACUCCGGUGCUGGAAAUAGCGCCGAUACGGUGCCCCCCCUGCUUCUUAAGGCUCUCAUUGAAGCUUCACCACGUCUACGCGAGACAUCCCGGAGGCAAAUGGAAGAAACGGUGUCAGACAUGGUACAAGCCAGACGUCGAUGAAAUUGUCACCCUCGCAAGGGAUCUCCUCGAAGGGAAACGCCAGGCAGACGAUGCCGUGGAACUUCAGGCAGCAACAGACCCAGAUGCAUCCCAGCCGUAGUUGCCAAGGAAGAGUGACCACCACGGCCCGCCACUUGUGUCUGUGAAACUUAUUCACGAAGUCCUGGGGAAAAUUUGUAUGGGGCAGAGGGUAUCCAUGACCGGUUGCUUUACGAUUUUUGCCAGAGAAAUCGCUCCCUGCACGGCCGGGACGGAACGCCUUAAGAUUUCGCCACGUCGUACAAGGGGAGCAGGUAGGCUCUUCGCCCGCUGCAGCUGAGCGGAGGACGAGGUCGUCUCCAAGAUCCCUUGGAGGCAUAUCGUCGCCCUCCUGCGUAGCGAUGCACACUCCUGCGAUCCGAGAAAUAUACUUGGGUUCCCAAAGCAAAAUGUUGUCUGGUGUAGGUUACCCAUGUCUCGACUCGUGUUGCUUGUGGCUGUAUUUAUUUAUUUUUUUCUCUCAUCAUUGGACUCUGUCGUCUGUCUCUUUUCGACUCGUGUUGCUUGGGGCUGUUUUUUUUUUUUUUUCUCCCGUCAUUGGACUUUGUCGUCUGCCCCUCUGAGGCGCCUAACCUCCACUUCUACCAGCUAGACGACCCAACCGGAGUCACAUAGGAGGAUGGGGUUGGACCCCCUCCUGCGGUUCCUGCCUGAGAUAUUUUUAACUCGAGAAGGGUACAGCAAUCCCUUCCCUCGCGACUUAUGAAGUCGAUCAAGUUUACUAACAACGAGCUUUGCAGCGCGUCGCUUCCAACGGAGACCAGGAUUUAUUUAGCGAGAAAAACCUCGCUCUGUCGGGACUCGAAUCCAUGACCUGGCCCUUAGCAGGCUGCGAGGCUACCCACUUACGACCACCGGGGCGACCGGUGUAUGUGCGUUGUCGUCGGUUACAUGUUUCCUUCGGUGGUGUUGACCGCGCGAAACAGAUGGCCAAGGAAGGUAUGCCAUUUCCAGCUGAUCAGUUGUUUGUGUGUAUUAGGUGUAUCGACCGCCCCAGCCAGCUAGCCUCGAAAGACGUAAGUCUUCGUGGACGAGCUAUGCACAACAAUGCGUCCGAUUCUGAGGGGUCCCCAGUGGGUGUAUUUGGGU